ACAUCCGCGGAAACGAACAAACAGGCUGUUGUAGAGGAUCAGACACCUCCUCCUCCUCCUCCUGCUCCUGCUGCUCCUCCUCCUCUGCUCCUGCUGCUCCUGCUCCUCCUCCUCUGCCACAUCGCGCAAACACACGGCAAACACAGACUGCUCCUCCUCCAGACCUCCUCCUGCAGAGUAAAUUGAAGUCAUCACAGAAGGACAAGGUUCGGCAGUUCAUGUCCUUCACGCAGGCGGGGGAGAGGACAGCCAUCUACUGCCUGACACAGAACGACUGGAAACUAGAAGUAGCCACAGAUAACUACUUCCAAAAUCCUGACCUGUUUAAUAAAGAAUACAUGAAAACCUCAGUGGAUCGCAAGAAGCUGGAACAGCUCUACAGCAGAUACAAAGACCCUCAAGAUGAAAAUAAAAUAGGCGUUGAUGGGAUCCAGCAGUUCUGUGACGACCUGUUGCUGGAUCCAGCGAGUAUGAGCAUCCUGGUCGUGGCCUGGAAGUUCAGAGCAGCCACACAGUGCGAGUUUAGUAAGAAGGAGUUUCUAGACGGCAUGACAGAGUUGGGCUGUGACAGUCCCGAAAAACUCCGAGCUAUUCUUCCAAGACUAGAGCAGGAGCUGAAAGAUCCUGCGAAGUUUAAAGAUUUCUACCAGUUCACUUUUAAUUUUGCCAAGAAUCCUGGUCAGAAAGGAUUAGAUCUGGACAUGGCUGUUGCGUACUGGAAAUUAGUUUUGACCGGUCGUUUUAAGUUUCUUGAUCUCUGGAAUCAGUUUCUUACUGAGCAUCACAAGCGUUCUAUACCUAAAGACACAUGGAACCUCCUUUUAGACUUUGGAAACAUGAUUGCAGACGACAUGUCAAACUAUGAUGAGGAAGGGGCGUGGCCUGUCCUUAUCGAUGACUUUGUGGAGUUUGCGCGGCCGAUUGUGGGCGGUACCAAACGUGUCAUGACAUAAUGAUGGUUCUUCUUUUAUGCAAUGAAUGGAUUUUGUUUCCUACGACUUUUUUACCAGAUUUUUAUAAGAAUGAGCCAAAAAAAGACUAGUUUUACCGGGCCGAGCUGCAGCUUGUUGUGGACAUGACAUGCCUGAGGAAACGCGAGCGUCUGGACUUCACCGUGGAGUCGAGCGCUCUGUGACCAGCCUCAAAACGGCUGCUCGGCUCAAAGAGGAUGGACAGUUGCUUCGGGCUUUCAAAGUCAAAAUCUGUGGAUGAGGUGAAAGAGUGAAGCAUUUUGAAUGUGCUCUUUCUAUGAUCAGAGCAAAGAAACAACAUGCUGGUGUUUGGAUGUGUGUGUGGUUCUAUGGGUUCAGUUUGGAUUUAGCUUUGUGUGUGAACAGUGAUGUUUUUAAUCUGCAGCAUGUCUGAGCUCAGCACCAGCAGUUACUGGUACAAGUUUUACACUAAGUGUACUCAUAGGAAUAGAUUUAUUUAUGUAUGACAAUACCAGUGACAUUCACAGUAAAACAGAUCAUAUCAUGGUUUUAA